CUGCUGCUGUGCUGUGUGUACAUCGUGCCACAACAGUCGAUCCCAGGAGUAGCACUCUCGUAAGCCAUGUUGAUGCGAUGUAUGGCUGGGACAGUGCUCCUCGCCGGGGCGCGAACCCUCGCUUUCCGUCCACCGUCGACGAUUUGGGGCGUGAAAGUGGCCGGCCAGGCCGCAAUGCGCCGACAGGUGGGCUCGCCGGUGCGAUCCAGCUCUACCAUGAAGCUUAAAACCGGGAUCGUGGGGAUGCCCAACGUGGGCAAGUCGACGUUGUUCAACGCUGUAACGGAGGCGCAGGGAGCAAUGUGCGCCAACUACCCGUUCGCGACGAUCGAGCCCAACAUCGGGGUGGUAGAGGUGCCGGACGGUAGGCUGAAGGUCCUCGCUGAGAUCAACAAGUCGGUCAAGACCGUGCCCAGCACCCUGGACUUUUACGACAUUGCGGGGCUCGUAAAGGGGGCGAGCAAGGGAGAGGGGCUAGGAAACCAAUUCUUGGCAAACAUCCGGGAGUGUGACGCCAUCGUGCACGUCGUGAGAUGUUUCGAAGACCCGGAUAUCAUCCACGUGGAGGGCAGCGUGGACCCUGUCCGCGACAUCGACAUCAUCAACAUCGAGCUGGCGCUGGCAGACAUGGCACAGGUGGAAAAGCGUUUGCAGAAGGUAGCGAAGGACAAGAAGGCCACUGCGUCGGAAAAGACUGGGUUGGCGAAGCUUCUCAAGGUUCUUGAAGAAGGCAAGCCGGUGCGAACAGUGGAGCUCACGGAAGAAGAGGCUAAGGACACGGCGUACCUCGGUCUCUUGACAGCAAAAAAAGUUAUCUACGCGUGCAACGUGGCGGAUUCGGACCUCGCCGAUGGCAACGCAAUGGUUGACGGAGUAAGAAAAUUCGCAGAGGAGGAGGGGGCUAGGGUUGUGAUCGUUUCCGCUCAGGUGGAGUCGGAGCUGGUGGACUUGGACGGGGAAGAUAAGCAGGAGUUCCUGGAGUCCUUAGGUGUUUCAGAGGAAACCUGCGGGCUGCGAGCGUUAGUCAAGGAGGCGUAUACGGCGUUAGGGCUGCAGACGUACUUCACCUCGGGGGAGACGGAGACGAAGGCGUGGACGAUCUACGCCGGUUGGACAGCCCCGAAGGCGGCGGGGGUCAUCCACAGCGAUUUCGAGAGGGGGUUCAUUCGCGCCGAGGCCAUCAAGUACGAGGACCUGGUCAACUGUGGCAGCGAGAAGGCGGCCAAGGAAAAGGGGCUGCUGAGAAGCGAGGGGAAGGAAUACGUCGUCCAAGAAGGGGACGUGCUCCACUUCCGCUUCAACGUGUCCAAGUAGUAGAGAGACAGGCACCGCUUAGAACGCAACAAGUAAAUAGCUUCAUCCCCGCCAGUGACAAGCUCAUCCUCCCUUGGCGACUUGCCCCCUCAUGCGAACGAGCUUCUCCCCCCUUGCAGAGCAGUGGAGAAGAGGGCAGCUUAGAGUAUCUCGCUGUAUUGUCGUGACCCUGGGGGAAGAACGUUUUGAUUGCGGGGUGCCAUUGAAGAGAUCGCGAGGAACUUGUUCCCUAUACUGCUGUAGGAUGUACUAUUGAUCGGGGUGAUGUGAGCGGACGAUAGUAGUCUGUUCGACUCGAGAUGUUGCUACACCGGCCGCGUGCCGGUAGUGGUUUGGGCGCGGCGGAAUAUCUUAGUGAUUCGCGUGGUAUUCGUUGAGGUCGGCAUGAACAAGA